GGAGCUCCAACCACAAGUUCAGCGUGGUCCUUCACCGAGAAAGCCGUCGGUCAAGAUGACGUCCUCCAAGCGCAACCUGCCCUCGCAGACCAACCUCCUCCAGAGCCACGAGUCUACGCUCGAGAUCCAAACAAGGGCGUAAAAGGAAUAAUAUGCACAUAUGAUCCGCUGCUCGACCGCAAGCUUUCCUCGAACGAGAAGAAAAAGGCGAAACCCAUAUAUAAGGAGUUUGGUUUGGUACGUAUACUACAAUCCCUGGGGAGCGUCAUCUUGCUUGUGUGAAUGUCUGGCUAAUAGCUAUGCAGGAAGAUGACGCUCCCCCGGCGGAUCCACGAUUGGCCCAGCGGGGUACCAUACUGGAUUAUAUCAAUGUUGAUUACCACAACGCCAAAUCCCGAUUACGGCAUGCGCCGUACCUUCUUCGACCAUACCCAUAUGAUCCAAAGACAUCACUCGGUCCUGGGCCUCCGACACAAGUCGUUGUGACCGGAUUCGACCCCCUACAUAAUUUCGCAAAUGUUUCUGCCAUCUUUUCCAGCUUCGGCGAGAUCGCAGAGAGCAGCAACAAACUGCAUCCUGAGACUGGCAGCUGUUUGGGAUUUGCUACAUUUCGUUAUCGGGACUCAAAGUCGGCGAAGAGUCGGUUCGUUUCGGCUAUCGAGGCUGCAAAGACUGCUGUGCGAAAAGGCUCGAGCAUGCGAAUUGGCCCGCAUGAUGUCAAGGUGGAAUUUGAUCCUGAUGGAAAUAAGAGUAGACGGAUGAUGGAGAGCAUUCUUGCGACUUCGAAGCCUGCGGCCAUUCCGCAGAUCGCCAAACCUCCGGCAGCGCCCAAGCCUGCAGACGCUGUUAAGUCCUCGGGCCCCCCGCCAACGGCACCCAAAGGUCCUGCGGCGUCGAGACCCAUCUUCCGGCCGCCAAUAGCACCUGCUGCUGUUCCUACGCAGCCAAAAUCUCUGCGAGCGCUUGCUAUCGAACCUAUCGCCAUGCAACUCCAUCAGCCAUACCUGUUUGUGCCCCAUGAGUCAGUUCCUGUGAUGACAUCCACGCCUCCGCACAUGGCAAAGCGCGUGCGCCAUUUCAACAUCGAGGAAGUGAAGAUGGACAAACUCGGAUACUACAUCACAUUCCCUGAUACGGACUGGGGAAGAGGUGAUGCGCAGCGGUGUUAUAAAGCUCUGGAUCGGACCUUGAUGUUCAGCUACACGAUGGUUAUGCAGCCGUUCUUCUAUGGCACACAAGGUGCUCGUCGGUAUUCCACACACCGAGUUCCUGAUGUGCCAUACAAGCGAAGCCACAGCCCAACCCGAAGAGAGAUCGAGGAGCGGGAGAAGAGAGACGAAGAAGCCCGCCGAAAAGAAGAAGAGAAUGAUCUCGAGGAAGAGAAAAAGGAGCGAGCGAGGAACUUCGAUCCUGCGAGAGAGGCUAUCGAAGUCAUACGGAAAGAGUUGAAGGAGCAGCUAGUCAGGAACAUACGUGAGAAGAUUGCAGCUCCCAUGCUGCAUAAUUUCAUGGACCCAGCAAAUCACGUGGCCAAAAGACGAAAACUCAACAUUGCGGAUCCGAAAGAUCUGAAAUUGCCUCUCAUCCACGAGGAUGAUGACCGCGAGGACAGCCCCGUGGUUGGAACACCAAAUUCACGUGUUGACGGCACUGAUCGAAAGCCAAUGGGCCCGGGUCGUCUCAAUAUCUCUUCAUUACCGAGAAUUCGAAAAGCUAAGAAUGGGAAGAAACUCAAUGUUGGCUUUCAAGAUCCAUUUGGCAGAGCACGACCUGAGGCUCGGAGAACUAUUUUCAGACCACUGGCUCAUCGCUUCAUCCACAGUGACGAUGACGAUUCAGAUGAUGAUACUGAGACCAGGUCUCGCAUUCGUGAUACCGAAGAGCCAGACUCGAGACCACGCAGUCGAAUGAGCACGGAUGAUGAAGCUUCAGACGAAGAUACUGAUAUAGUCCCCCGACGCCGCAUCAGGGAUGAUGUUGGUUCUGUGGAUACUCGAGACGAUGAUUCAAUGAGUGAGGCGAACUUUGUCGUUGGGGAGCCGAUUGUGCCAACGAAGAAACGAAAACUUGACCUGCAGGUUGAAGCUGCUCUUAAGCGCCAGAAGAAGACCGAUGAAGAACUGUUUGGCGUGGCGCAAGAUAAGAUUGAGGAAGAAUUUCCCUUGUCUGCGAGCACCGUUGAUGGAGACACAAUUAUGCGAGACAUCAGUGGUGUUCUCAAGACUGAGACCGAAGAAGAGGAGCUUGCCAGUAAGAAGAAGGCCGCCGCAGCAGCAGCAAAGAAAAAGAAGAAGUCCAAGAAGCAGAUCUUCGAGGAGCGCGAAGCACUCAAAAGACAGCAAGAAGGUAUUUAUAUGGAAGAACUUCUUCGACAACCGAGCGAAGCCCCUGAAGAAGAUGAGGAAGACGUUAUCUUUGAGAGCGCUCCUGUGGAGACUUCUGUCGAAUGGGGCAUGUCUGGCGAAUCACCUCGACCCACCGUCGAUGAUGACUUUGCCAAUAUUCUUGAUCUGGAUGGUCUCCAAAAUCUUCUCAAGGACGAGGAAGACUCGCCAAUUGCCGUAGAGCUUUUCAAGGCUGCUGCAACUGCUCAAACCGGAUGGGCACACAGCUGGUCUUGGAAACAGGAAGACAUCAAAGGCUUGAAUCGGAAUGGACACAAGGGCCUCUGUACCGACGAGACGUCUGUGGAGGGAUAUUACGUGCCGAACAAUUCUGGGUGUGCACGUACUGAAGGCACCAAGAAGAUUCUGAAUUCCGAGAAGUCUUUGUACUUGCCUCACCGCAUCAAGGUCCAAAGAGCCAGAGAGGCGCAUGAAGCUCAGGCAAAGAAAGCUGGGAAGGACUUUGUUACUGAAGCUGCGGAGGCUGCCAAGAUUGCUGCUGAGAAGUUGCUCGCCAAAGGAAAUUCUCGAGCCAGUCGUGUCAACAAUCGUCGCUACGUUGCCGAUCUCAACGACCAGAAGAAGACCCUUGGUGGUAAUACGGAUAUUCUUCAAUUCAACCAACUGAAGAAACGAAAGAAACCCGUCAAGUUUGCACGAUCAGCAAUCCACAACUGGGGUCUGUACGCCAUGGAGAAUAUCCCCACGAACGACAUGAUCAUCGAAUACGUUGGUGAGAAAGUCCGACAGCAAGUUGCAGAUCUCCGCGAAAACCGCUACCUGAAGAGCGGCAUCGGAAGCAGUUACCUUUUCCGAAUCGACGAGAACACCGUCAUUGAUGCGACCAAAAAGGGCGGCAUUGCGAGAUUCAUCAACCACAGCUGCAUGCCCAACUGUACAGCCAAGAUCAUCACAGUGGAAAAGAGCAAACGGAUCGUCAUCUACGCGCUUCGUGACAUCGCCCAGAAUGAGGAACUCACCUACGACUACAAAUUCGAGCGUGAGAUCGGGAGCACGGACCGCAUUCCCUGCCUCUGCGGCACAGCCGCGUGUAAAGGAUUCCUCAACUAAUCGCAUCUCUCAUUGUGUCAUUCGCAUCACUCAUCACAUUCAGCAAGCUUUAUUUUCAGCAGGGAGUUAUCGUUUCGUCGUCGUUGGCCUUUUCCCUUUUUACAGCGCAAAUGCAUCAGAGGGUGGG